AUGGACUACCUCUGCAAAAGAAUUAAAAUAGUUAUUAAUUAUACUAGAAUAGAUAUUAGAAUAGAUAUUAGUAAUAGUAGUAAUAGAAGCCUUAAUAACCAUAAUACUAAGAUGGUUAUUAAUAAUAAUACUAAUAAUAAUAAUAAGGUCAGUAGAACUAGCA